AUGUGUGGGAAUUCUUCGUUAAAGUUGUUGGGACCCUUCGCCAAAGUGUUGGGACCCUUCGUCAAAGUCUUGAAACCCUUCGCUCAAGUGUUGGGACCCUACUCUGAAGUGUUGGAACCCUUCGCCAAAGUAUUGGGACCCUUCGGUAAAGUGUUCGGACCCUUCGCUAAAGUGUUGGGACCCUUCGCUCAAGUGUUAGGACCCUUCGCUAAAGUGUUGGAACCCUACGCCAAAGCAUUGGGGCCCUUAGGUAAAGUGAUGGGACCCUUCGCCAAAGUGUUGGGAUCCGUCAGUAAAGUGUUAGGACUCUUCAACGAAGUGUUGGGACCUUUCGGUAAAGUGUUGCGACCCUUCGCUCAAGUGUUCCGAUCCUUCGAUAAAGUGUUGGUAUCCUUCGACAAAGUGCUGGGACCCGUCGGUAAAGUGUUGGGAGCCUUCGCCAAAGUAAUGGGACCCUUCGGCAAAGUGUUGGGACCCUUCGCGCAAGUGUUGGGACCCUUUGAUACAGUGUUGAAACCCUUCGGUAAAGUGUUGAAACCCUUCGGUAAAGUGUUGGGACCCUUAGAUCUCUAA